AAAGCUUUGAUGACAGGAUGCUGCUGCACAGCCGCGAGACAGCUCUCCGUCCUGCUCAGAGCAGAGUCACACUCAGCCUGCACACAUUAGCUUAAAGUUUUAAACAACCUUACAGAAUUCUAACAGUUGUGGGACAGAGACCGGCAGCCUGGGUGGUAUAACCUGCACUCCAGAGGGAGCUGGCUGAAUUUCUGAUGACCUGUUCACAUGUUCAGACUGCAGGCAGCUGAUAUGCUCAAGUCCUGAAAGAACAGAGCAAGAAGAGGAUCAACACUCCGGAACAACUUCACCACAUUGUGUACAGUCUAUUGUAUCCUGUUUGCUGAACUUUGUGAGGGGACUUCCUUACGGGAGACAACAUGGCUGACAAUGUGAAUGCAUUGUCAUUUUUCUAUGGCAACAUCACCAGGGAGGAGGCAGAGGACUACCUGCGGCAGGCUGGCAUGAGCAAUGGCUUGUACCUGCUACGGCAAAGCCGAAACUAUCUCGGGGGCUUUGCACUGUCUGUGUCAUAUUCAGGGCGCUGCUACCACUACACCAUUGAAAAAGAACCCAAUGAAACAUAUGCUAUUGCUGGUGGUAAGAGCCACAGGAUCCCUGUGGAUGUGAUUGAUUACCAUUCCCAGGAGUUGGAUGGCCUUGUGUGUCUGCUAAAGAAGCCCUGUAACAGGCCCAAGAACAUGCAGCCAAAGGUGGGGCCAUUUGAGGACCUCAAGGAGAAACUGAUCCGAGAAUACGUCAAGCAGACCUGGAACCUGCAGGGAGCAGCUCUAGAGCAGGCCAUCAUCAGCCAAAGACCUCAACUAGAGAAGCUCAUUGCCACCACUGCGCAUGAAAAAAUGCCCUGGUUCCACGGCGCAAUAGCGAGAGAAGACUCUGAGUCCAGGCUCCAAAAUGGCUCACGUUCAAGUGGAAAAUUUCUGAUCCGACAGAGAGAUGUUAAUGGAUCUUAUGCUCUGUGUCUACUUCAUGAAGGACAAGUCAUGCAUUAUCGCAUUGACAGGGACAGGACUGGCAAGCUCUCUAUCCCAGAUGGCAAGAAGUUUGACACCCUGUGGCAGCUGGUGGAGCACUACUCCUACAAACCAGACGGCCUGCUGCGAGUGUUAACUGACCCCUGUCCUAGACCUGAUGGAGAAAUUGGGCUGAUAGGACGGCCACCACUCCCACGUGACCAUCCUGGAUUCAGUUCUGCCUUUCAACAUGCUGCAGGUGGAAUUCUCUCCAGACUCAAAACUGUCCCCAUACCAGGCCGAAAAAAGAACGCCGAAUCUCGACACUCCACCACGGAUCUCAAUCCUUAUGAAACCAGAGUAUCCAAUAAUCAAGCAGCCAGCAGAGAAGCCAUGCCAAUGGAUACAGAGGUAUAUGAGAGUCCAUAUGCAGACCCAGAUGAACUGAGGAGCUCCACAGUGAAUCGCGACCAGCUGUACCUGGAGGAUGGAGAACUAGGCUCUGGAAACUUUGGUACAGUCAUGAAGGGCAUCUACAAGAUGAGAAAGACAGAGAAGCCAGUUGCAGUCAAAAUCCUGAAGAAUGAUGAUAACAACCCAUCAGUACGUGAGGAAAUGCUGCGAGAAGCCAAUGUCAUGCAGCAGCUGGACAAUCCUUAUAUUGUCCGGAUGAUUGGUAUCUGUGAGGCGGAGAACCUCAUGCUGGUCAUGGAGCUGGCUGAACUGGGACCCCUCAACAAGUUUUUGCAGAAAAACAAGCAAACAACGAUAAAGAACAUCACAGAGCUGGUCCACCAGGUGUCUAUGGGGAUGAAGUACCUGGAGGAGCAUAACUUUGUCCACAGAGACCUUGCUGCCAGGAAUGUGCUGUUGGUCACACAGCACUAUGCCAAGAUCAGUGACUUUGGCCUCUCCAAAGCUGUCGCCGAGGAACAAAACUACUACAAGGCUAAGGGUCAUGGGAAGUGGCCCGUGAAAUGGUAUGCUCCUGAGUGUAUAAACUACUUCAAAUUCUCAUCCAAAAGUGAUGUGUGGAGCUUUGGAGUGCUCAUGUGGGAGGCCUACUCAUAUGGCCAAAAACCAUACAAGGGAAUGAAAGGAAAUGAUGUCAUGCAGAUGAUUGAAAGUGGAAAGCGAAUGGAUGCCCCAGUGAACUGUCCACAAGAGAUGUAUGACCUCAUGAGAUUCUGCUGGACAUACAAGGCAGGUGAAAGGCCUGGAUUUUCAGUUGUUGAGCCAAGACUACGAGAUUACUAUUACGACAUUUCACAGUGAUUCUUCGCAUCAUUGUCAUGAGACAACAACUACUGGUUGAUGAGAAAAUUGCAUUUAAUCAUGUAUGAAUGACUGCAGAUGGUUAUGAAUUAUACAAGCUGUUGUAAUAUUUGGACUCAGUAUUAUUCUAACUUUUAAACAUAUGAACAGACAAUUAUGGGACAUUUAACAAUCACAACUGAUUUGUUUAGUAGAUGUCUUUUAUACUGCAAGUGCAUUAUAUGUAUUAUAGCUCUACAAUUGCAAUGUCAUAGCUAAACCAAAGAUUCUUGAAUGACGGUCUGAUUGUUUCAGUAUAAUGGACUGAUAGGUCUGUCUUUGGAUGUAAAGGUCCUGGGGUAAUCAGUGGUAAGCAUUUCUGUAGCCUACUCACAUAUGAAUAAAUUUGGUCACUGUAACAAUAAUUGUUUUUUUCUCAUAUCUCUCCCGAUGAUGGUUUUAAAGGUAACCUGAAAGCUUGAAACAUUAAAAAGGCACCCUAAGUAACUUUACUCUUGUUUAAAAUAUCACCAGAUGUUCUGGAAACAUUGUCCAUAAAUUGUAUAAUACUGACAGGUUUUACCAUUAAAGUUGAUUUCAGAUAAUACUCGAGGAAACUGAGAUUCCACGGGCCAUUUACUGAAAAACUGAACAAAAUCCCCUUUAACAAAACAUUAUUUACAAAAUGUUUGGUAAAUUUUGUACAGGAUCAUAAUUACUGUUAUAUAGAACUAUAGUAUGAUAUACACAUUUUUACCAAUGGAAAUCCUAUCUAAAACCUAUAAGAUAAGUUGAGAGGCCUUUUGUUGCAAAAUACUGGUGAUUUAAUAAAAGCUGGUGGUAAUAAAAAAAAAAAAAGAAAAAAAAAACUCA